GCGGUCCUGCCGCGCGCUCUCUGGGCCUGCGCACUGCACACGCUUAGGCGUGCUGAUAGCGCGUGUACCAGUAGCCCGCUGUACAGCGCUUGUGGCGUCUGCUUGCAUUAUUGCAGGGGAAGACGCCUACACCUCGACCAGGGGAGCAGCUGGAUAGGGCGCUCGGCGCAUGAAAGCAGCCACCACAAUGCUCCUGCUCACCACUUCCGCGCGCGCACUGCGCCCGGCGGCGCGGCGGCUCCGCUACCGCCGCUUCCACUACCAGAGCGGCGGUAAAAGUUCGGCUGGCACGGCGGCGGCGGCCGUCGGCUGCUUCGCGGCCAGCGCGGCGUACGCCCUCGGCGACGAGGCAGAAGACGGCGCCUGGGCGGGCGUUCUCGACACAAAAACUACGGGCGCGGCCGCGCUGAAGCAGCGCGUGCCCGAGGGCGACGGCCGGGGCAUUGUGGUGGCCAUUCUCGACACGGGCGUCGACCCCGCGGCGGCGGGCCUCCAGACGACGACGACCGGCGCGCCGAAGAUGCUCGACGUCCUCGACGCGACGGGCGCGGGAGACGUGGACGUGAACGCGACGGUGACGCCCGACGCCGACGGCUGGCUCACGAACCCGGCGACGGGCCGCAAGCUCCGCGUCGACGCGACGGCCUGGACCGUCUAGAGCCGUGCAGAAUUUCACCCAAGGGAGCCUUCUGCUCGAUGGCGUGGCGCUGUGCUCGGCUUAGACUCAACGGUCGAUCUCUACGCAGGUCGAUGGCAAGCGGUGCGAAGGGCCAAAGGACGGCGCCUACCGCGUCGGCGGCAAGCGCACAGCUUCAUUGUUCCCCGCGCCGUUACUAAGGCGGCUCAAGGCCGAGGCCCAGCGCUUGGAUGAUGAGAAUUAUGAACCGCUCCGGGCCGCGCUCGCGGCGCAGGCCUCGGAAGGCGACGAGGCCGCCGCGCGCCUCGAGGCCUUCGACGCCGCGCGCAAGGCCCUCAAGCCGACGGACAGCAGCGUCGCGCCUUUAUUAGAUGUGAUCACGUGGCGCGACGGCGCCACGGACGCGUGGCGCUGCGUGGCCGUCGACGGCUCCGCGCAAAACGAUUUGGUCGCGCACCCGCCGCGCGUCCUCGGCGACUUCGGUGAAGCGACGAAGGCCGGCGAGACGAGCUCCCGGUACACGUGCUUCGGCGCCGACGACAUGCAAUUGACACUUUCAGCCUCGUCCCCGGACGCCUUCUCCGAGGAGAACACGUGCUCGCUCGUCGUCGCGGGCGGCGACCACGGCACGCACGUCGCGGGCAUCGUCGGCGCGCACAACGGCCGGGACCGCGACGACGGCGUCGCGCCGGGCUGCCAGCUCGUCUCGAUCAAGAUCGGCGACUCGCGCGUCGGCACCAUGGAGACGGGGUCGUCGCUGCGGCGCGCGCUCGUCGCGGCGCGGCGGUUGAAAGUAGACGUCGUGAAUCUGUCGUAUGGCGAGGCCGCGCGGCUCUGCAACACGGGGCGCUUCGCCGAGCUCAGCGAAAGAUUGGUGAGAGGCCACGCGGACCACGGCACCAUAUUUAUCUCGAGCGCGGGGAACAACGGGCCGGCUCUCACGACAGUGGGUGCGCCCGGCGCGUCGGUAGAUGCGUUGAUCUCGGUCGGAGCCUACGUCAACGGGAACAUGUGUGAUAAUCUCUACGGCAUGCGCGCGCCGGCGGCGAACGCCGGCGGGCCCGAGAGCGCGACGCACGGCGGCGUCAUGUACUCGUUCUCGUCGCGGGGCCCCGCGACGGACGGCGGCUGCGGCGUCAACGUCGCGGCGCCGGGCGGCGCCGUCGCGUCUGUACCUAGAUACUCGCUCCAGCCCCAGCGGCUCAUGCACGGCACGUCGAUGGCGGCGCCGAACGCCGCCGGCGCCGUCGCGUGUCUCUUGAGCGCGGCGAAGGCGGCCGGUAAAAACCCGGCGCCCGACGCCGUCAAGCGCGUCCUCGAGGCGACGGCGAAGCCGCUGCCCGGCGUGGCGCAGUGUAACCAGGGUCAAGGCCUGGUCGACGUCGACGCGGCGAUGACGAGCUUGGGCGAGAUCGAUGAGCUUGACGUGCGCUUCGAGGUGCGCGUGCCGUCGCGGGCGGCGGGCGCCGGCGCGCCGGGCGCGCGCGGCAUUUAUCUGCGGGAGCGCUGGGAGACGACGGCGCCGCGCGAGGUCGCCGUGACGGUGACCCCCAAAUUCCAGGGCGACGACGACGUGGCCGCGGAGCGCAAGGGCUUGUUUAGGAGGGAUGUGCGAUUAGAAGCGACGGCGCCGUGGUUGUCUGUGGGGAAAGGAGUCGUUGUUACAAGAGGCGGCAAGGCGUUCACGAUCCGGAUCGACCCUUGUGCUGCCGGUCCGGAGGGCGCGGGGCCCUUUUGUGGGGAGGUGCUGGGCUUCGACGACGCCGCGCCUGGGGCGCCGCCGCUCUUCCGCGUGCCCGUGGCGGUCGUGCGGCCCAAGGCCGUCGAGGGCGAUUCGGUUGCGCUGACGCUGCCGCCUUCUUUCCAGGCGGGCGACAUCUCUAGGAAUUUUGUGACGCCUCCCGACGGCGCGGCGUCGGCGACGGUUGAGGUGACGUGCGAUGGCGACGGUUUGGGGCGGAGGCUGGUCCACGUGCAGACCGUGCAAUUAUUACCGCAGGAGGCCAUGGAGGCGGGCUGGAGCAAGCGCCGCGCUUAUGUCCACGACAGUGCAUAAAUCAAAUUGUCGCGACGCGUCCCCACCACGGCUCAAUCAUGACCUCCACGCCAUCGACGCGAUGUACCCAACUCACUGGUUGAUUUGCGCACAGGCUAACGAUGGAGAGAGCUGCGUGUACGACGCCGGCCGCGUGACGCCGGGGCGGACGAUGGAGGUCUGCGUCGCCCAGGACUGGGGCUCGCUGGAAGGCGCGAAGCUUGACGCGACGGUCAAGUUCCAGCCGGGCUGCUCUUCGCUCGAGUCCGUGGCUUUGAGGGGCACGCGCUCUGUGACCACGAUCCCGCUCGAGGCGCCGGCCUGGGCGCGCGGCCCCGUCGUCGCCUCGCCCAAGCUCAAGCUGACGCGCUGGCGCCGCGCGCUGCGGCCCACGAAGUCCGAGGUGACGGCGUUGACUGGUGCCCGCGACGCCUGGCCCGACACCGGCAAGCCGUGCUACGCCCUUAAGCUCGAGUACGAGUUCACGGCGCCGAAAUCCGGCGCCACUGCUGGCGGCACGCGCUUCCUCUUCGCGGGCGACGAGAACGUUUAUGAUGCGGCGUUUGAUGGAGCCUUCGCCGAGGUCAUUGAGAAAGAUACGGGCAAGAUCAUCGGCGCACGCGACUGCCGCGUCUCCGGCAAGAUAGGCCCUCUGAAGCCGGGCGCGAAGUACGUCGUCAACUUCCUGGUGCAGCACGAGGAUCCUGCUCGCUUAGAAAGUAUUCGGGACGGCGAGUGCUGGCUCGACUCGGAGCUGAGCAAGGCCAUCGACGUGCCGGUCUACGGCACGGCGCAGGCCGCCUACGCCCGCGACAACAGCUCCUCGUUUAAGGACGUUCGGCUCGCGCCCGGCGAUGCCAAGGUGGCUUUCGCGGCGCCGCCGGACGAAAGUAAAUUACCGAGCGAGGCGGCGCCCGGCGAUAUUUUGACAGGAACCGCCGGCCUCUGCCGCUCGGCCGCCAACUCCGAGGGACCGUCUAGAAGACCUGCUGCGGGCCUGCUCUACACUGUGCCGCCGCGCUCCAACAAGACCGCGAAGAAGGAUUCGAAGAAGGCGACGGCGCCGGCGAAGGCCGCGCCGACGCCCGAGGCGGCGGCGCGCGCCCGCGACUUGUUGGGAGCCGCGGGGGCCGCGCUCGACGACAAAGCGGCCAUCGCGCUCGCAGACAAAGCCGCAGCGAAUUACGUCGCGCAGCUCGAGAAGGGCUCGAUGGAGGACGCUGCGGCCGCGGCGCUCCGGGAAGCCGUGGUGAAGUAUGACUCUAACCGUACUACGGCAUGUGCGCAAGCGGCGCUCUCGCGGGCGGCCUCGGCCGCGGCGCCGGGCUGGGAAGGCAAGAACGGCACGGCGGCGAUCGCGAACGCGACCGCGGCCGGCCCAGUCGAGGCGGCGGCGGCCGAUUUGGUGAAAGUUUUGGACGUAGACGCUAUCAAGGCCGCGCGGGCGACGCGGGACAUCGACGACACGUCCUUCGGCAACGACACGGCGGCGAAGGACGCCGCGCAAGCUUUACGCAAGAAGGCGAACGAAGACUACGCCGCGCUCCUCGCCGCGAAGCGCUGGACCGCCGAAGCUGCCCUCGCGAAGGGCGACGCGGCCGCCUUCGAGGCCGCGAUGCGGUCGCUGGACGAGUGGGUCGACACGGCCAAGUCGACCGCGGCCGACGCCCGUUUACGCGCGCAUCGCUUCGGCCUGCGCGGCCAGCCGGGCCUCGCCGUGCGCGACCUCGGCGUCUGGCUGGACGCAGACGCGAAGAAGAAGAGCGGGGCCGCCGCCGCGGCGGAGGUCGCGGCGCUGCGCGAGCUCCGGCGCGACCUCAUGGCGGGCCUCGGCUGGGAGCGCCUCGCCGCAGCCGAGACGAAGAAGAUCCUAGACGACUACCCGAACCGCGUGGGCGCUAUCUAACCGAAGUACUAACUAUAGAUAAUAA